AUGUUUUCUGGCCUGCGCUCCCUCAAAGUACUCAUGCUCAACGAGAAUUUCUUCCUCAGGUCGCUUGCCACACCGAGCUGGAGAUCCACGCCAACACUGAGCCAUUUACUUUUAAACGGCUGCAACGUAUCGUCAAUAGAACCUCUUAAUGAAGUUGUCAGAUCACUGGAAGCUAUUUGGCUAUUCUCUAACCCCGUUGAAUGCGAUUGCGAGUCUGUUCCUGUUUUGCGAAGCAUUAUAAACCAAAAUAUAACGCUCGACAGUUCAACCCUUGAAUUUCAUGGUAAACGCUUUCGCUUCAACAAGAACUUCGCCAAUGUUGAGCAAACUUCCUGUCUACUGGUAAACUCUCCUUAUGUUGAAGUUAAAAAACUGUCAGAAGUGUCCGCCACAGAUUUAGACUGUCGCGCAGCCGUCUUCAAGCGACUUUGGCUUUGCUUUUUCAUCAUUUCCGCGCUGAUAGGCACGAUAGUUGUAACUUCUGUGAUGGGAUACACCUGCUACAUGUGCGACGCUGUGCGCCGAGCGGUGCGGAAGAACAACCAAGAUCCCGAGGAAGACUUGUUGCUCAACUCCAGAGCUUCUUCUCAGCGUGAGAGCGUGCGGAAGUACCCAAAACGGAAUGCACGUGCUUCGACUGACGUGUUUAGCGAUGGCAACUUGAUUUCCCUGACACCGAUCACUGUUUCGAACAUUCGCUUUUCGCAAAACUCUAGCAUUCAAUCUGAAACAUGGCAUUUGUAA